AUGUCGUCCUCUAUGCAAAACCCCACCAAGGAGAUCAUUUCCAUGAUCGAGAGACUUGAUGGCCACCCCCAUGGCCUCCACGCCGACAAGCGAUUUGGAUACGCGGUCGGCUUGGUGGGUUGCGCUUUGCAAAAAGGCUACACCAAACACGGGCUCAAGCGCAUUAUUUGCGACUAUGAGGUCAGCCAACGACAGGAACUCGCCCUCGCCAAGAGUGACGUCCAGAUCAAAAAGAUCAGUCACAGGGAGCUCCUCUGUCGCGACGUGCUCGAUGUUAUCAUCGAGCUUGAAAACAACACCAAGCGCGACGAGCAGGCUAAGGCCGACAAUAUUGCCGCUUGGAACAAGGACGUUGUCGUCGCGAAUGGCUUUGCGGUCCACAACGACAUCCAGCCUGUCACCGACAAGAACCUUGUUGUCAACGAGGACAAUGUCGAUACCCUCGAUUUUGUUCACAUCACUGGAAGCGAUGUGGAGUGCUCAGAGGAGGAUGCUUCUGACUGGGAACUGGUUUGA